AUGGUAGUUGGUAUCGACUUUCAUUGACUAGCUCGGUGCGCCAAGUCUUUAUACAAUUUGUGACUCCAUUAACCCCGGCCGUUGCUAUUGUGAGCAGACUCGGAAACGUGUCAUGUGCGGUGUACCCAUAACACGACCACAUCAAACUGGUAAUCAAAUAUCGAAGGACAAUAUUUGAGGGAACUGGUUUCCAGAAUCUUAUAUACCACCCGCAAUGUUAUGUUGCCAAAUAUCAUUACUCUAAAAUCGUAUAGAGGAAUAUGUUGCAAAGGAGUAAAUGAAUUAAUUUCUUAUUUUGUAACGAGAUUGGAAGAGAAAUUCAGAGCCUUUGGAGGAGAUUUCAUAAAAUUCAUGAAUAUAUAAUUUCUUCAUGGGAAAUAUUGGAAAUAUUUAAUAUAUACGUUUCAUGCACCUCAUCGCUUUGGGACUGUUUCUUCGUGGAAUUCUGCGAAUUGAUCGGUUACUUUUAAGAGGAGAAGAGAUUGCAAGCAGACUCUUGUCAUGUUUAUUGAUUUAUGCCAGGAAAGUUGCGAUUCUGACUCUUAAAUUGACUCCAUCAAAUGAUAUUUCUAAAUAUUGGAUCUUUCAUACAUUAUCCUAGCCGACAUAGAGUUAAUAUUUAUUGGUGUCAGAAUAUCCAUGCGAGAUACCAAUUUUCAGGGAUGAUGUCAAAGUAUAGAUUCUUCCAUGCUGCGAACAUACUGCACAAACCCCUGACGAUGAGCUCAACAUUUUCCUAGCCCGCGGAUCGAGUGAUUAAUUUUUGAGUUAGGAUGGGGGAUCAUCCGGGUCUACCCCCGUUGAAUCUCCGGCCAAGCUCCGGGGGAGGGUCGAUGAUGUUUAGCAGGUAUCAAUCCUCGAUGUUCGGAGGGGCAGAGCACCAUCAUGGUGAUGCCUUCUCAAUCAUUGGACAGGAGUUAUUCUCUGCUCCAGAACUGCCUGAAAUAAUUGAUCUUUUUACCCGUGGUAUCCCAAGCCGUGUGACCCUGGCUGAUAUGAUCGGCUCAUGCUGCCGAACCACAGUCAAUGACAUAGAAAGACUACCUGCAAUACAUCCAUCUGUAAUGAGCUCAAGAGGGGAACAGCACACCCGGUACAUGACCUUCGUAUCAACCCCACCCAUAGAAAGGAGACCGCCAAGAGGAAGGCCAAAAUUUCCACGCAAGCCUUUAGGUCCACAAGAAUGCUUUAAAUGCCAACUCAAAACUGACCACGCAAGUUGUGAAAAGCACAAGUAUUUAAGAAUUGGAGGAGGAUAUCGCCAUAGCUACGCAUACAUCAGCCAAAUCAUGGAAGUGAUUGAAAAGGAACACUUUGCAGUUGCUCGGGAGGAAUUCUUGAAAAAUGAAAAGAUAAAAGAAGAGGCAAGAAAACUAGAAGAAAGCCGAAAUACUGUAAAGCGUCGAGUGAAGCUAUAUCUCCGAACCAAGAGCGGUAAUGUCAUUACCCGGUAUCAGUUCGUGAACGACGACGACUACCGCGAGAUGAAAGAGAAUAAGUCGGCAGCGAAGAAGAUGCUGGGAUUAAACGACGACGAGUCCCUCGAAGAGUUUGUGACAUCGAAACACGGCUAUGUGCAAGACAAACACGGUGACAUGGUCAAAUCGAAAAAGAAGAAAAAUAAGAAGAAAAGGAAACACAGAGAUGGGGACGAAGAGGAUAGCGAGGACGAGUCCGAUGAUGACGAGGAGAACGGCGGAGGUCGUCGUCGUCGUCGCCAUGGUCACAAGAAGGGUCAUCAUUCAAAACGACAUCAAAAGCACAAGGGACGUAGGAGACGCGGGGAUUACUACAGUGAUGACGAGAGUAUAGCUGAGAGCGGGGUCGGUGCCAGUUUACUCGAUGGCGAGACGGGUGGAAAAUCUACCCGACAUCAUCGCCGUCGUCAUCGUUCGAGAGAUGACGGUGAUGAAUACGAUGACCAAGAUGCGUCGCCAGCCGAAUCGUACAUCAGUGAUAACGGAACGCUACAUCACAGAGAGAAGAAGAAAAAGAGGAAACACAACAGACAAGAUCGCGAUGACGAUGGCGAUCGACAUCGAAGAAGACGGAGGUGUGAUCGCGAUGACGAUUCUGUGGUCGAUGGUGAAAGUGCGCAGUCUGAUGAGAUGAGUGAUGAAGGCUCGGAUGACAGCAGAAGACAUCGUCGUCGUAGACGUGGUGAUGGCAGACGGCAUCGCCGGCGAAAAGGACGCCGAACCGCCAGCGAUGGAUCUGAGGGAGACGAUGACGAUGGGUCACGACAUCGUCGGAAACGACGACAUCGUGGAAGACGCGAGGAUGAUGGCGAUGAUGUUGACGAUUAUGACACGCACGGGAGAGGAGGUCGACGUAGGAAGGGAAGCCGAAGAAAGCAUGGAUCGUCUGACGAUUCCUCUGAGAGCGAUGACGGAUCUGAUGACGAUGACGGUGGACAUCGACGAGGAAGAAGGCGCGGUCGAAGGAGAGAUUCGGAUGGUAUGUUUGCCUUUCACUAUCACUACUAGCGGAGGCGGCAACCGUGA